GUCGACAGCGCGCGAGUGUCCGGCGCGUGCUCCCUCCCGUCGGCGCCAUGUCGAACGCGACGCUGGCCGGCCCGUCGCUGGCCGAGGUCACGACCUCGCUGGCUGAUAAUGCCACGAACGCCACCACACCGGCGUCGUCGCCGUUCUCGCCGGCGAUGGCGGCGGCCGUGGCCGACACGCGUUUCGUGAUUCAGCGUAUCCUGACUCCGAUCGUGAUGCUGCUCGGCGUGGUGGGGAACCUGGUGAGCAUCCUGGUGCUGACGCGUCGCCGGAUGCGCAGCUCGACAAACAGCUACCUGACGGCCCUGGCCGUCUCGGACACGCUGUACCUGGCCGGCAGUUUCACGCUGUCUCUGCAGCACGCGGUGCCCGGUAUCGGCCACCCUGACCACCGUCCGUACUGGCAUUACAUCCCCAUCGGCAGGUGGAUCGUCGACGCGGCAGAAUCCCUGCCGCCUCUGCGCGACUCGGGCCGGUUGUUGCGGCCGCAGAGAGCUGGUUCGUGUAAGUCCAAGGCCCGGCUUCUGUGA